AUUUAUUAGCUAUAAUAAUUAAUUGAUUAUUAAAAUAUUUUAUUAACUUCAUUAAUAAUAGAUAAAUAUUUAUUAAUAAAAAUUAGAAUAGUAAUUGUACAUAACUUUAUAAUAAUGUAAAGUUCUAAUUAAAUUAAUUAUUCAUUAUAUCCACAAGGAAAAGAAAGAACUCACGAUAUUAUUAUUGGGAGAGUCAGGUGUGGGAAAGUCUACAUUCAUUAACUCAAUCGUAAACUAUAUGUCUUUCGAGAGUAUGGAUGCGGCGAACGGACGGCCCAUAUGUUUAAUACCCGUAGGUUUUGGUAUUACAGACCCAAUAACAAGUUUACCCGUGAAAGUGACAUUUGGUGACCAGGAUUUGAAUGAAAACACUGCAGACACGACUAAAUCUGCCACACAAUACCCCAAAUGCUAUAAAUUUCAAAACGAUAACAUUGUGCUCAAUAUUAUUGAUACGCCGGGAAUUGCGGACACGGAUGGUGUCGACAAAGAUAAUAGAAAUAUGCAAAAUAUAUUAGAUUUUAUUAGUAAUUAUCGGGAAAUCAAUGCCUUUUGUGUUCUCUUAAAACCAAACGAUGCAAGAGUUGAUGUGAUUUUCAAGUAUUGUUUGUAUCAAUUAUUUAGUCAUUUGAAUAAAAGCGCCGCAAAAAAUAUAUUAUUUCUGUUUACAAACUCCCGGAGCACUCAUUACAUGCCCGGAGAUUCCGGACCCGCUUUAAUCAGUAUUUUGAAGCAAAUCCGGGAAAGACCGCCAAAUGUUGACAUCCCUUAUAACAAGAAUACAAUCUAUUGUUUCGAUUCCGAGUCCUUCCGAUAUCUCGUGGCUUCGGUUCCGCCAAAUAAUAUACAGUUUGACCCAAAAUAUAAGUCAAGUUAUAAUGAAAGUUGGGAAAUAUCUGUGAAUGAAUGCAAACGUUUAUUUGAUUACAUAAUACAACUGCCGGCACACAAAGUGAUGGACACACUAUCGGUGAACGACACCAAACAAAUCAUACAAAUGUUAACCAAACCGUUGGCCGACAUCGCGAUGAAUAUCGCGGAUAACAUAAAUCAGUGCCAAAGACAUAGCGUUGGUAUCAAACAAACUUCGGGAACCAUUGAAGAACUUCGCCAUAAACUAUACAUACCAUCGGUUGAGAUAAUAACCAAACCAUUAGAUCUACCCAAGACUGUAUGCGGUGACGUCCGGUGUUGUAAACGGCAUAUAAGCAAUGACAUAACCGAGAUCACUUACACUACCCAAUGCCAUUCACCAUGCUACCUGGACUUUAGCGAUGGUAAUAUUGUUGGCAAUAAGGGUUUACUCCGGUGUAAAGCGUUCAAUAGAUACAGCGGCACAGAUCGCGAUCCCUACGGGUCUAAGCCAUCAUUUUCCCGGUCAUUGUCCGAUAGGUUUAUGUCACUAAUGAAGGCGUCGACCACAUGUCAAACUUGUGGCCACAGUUACCAAAAGCACCUGCAUCUGCACUACGAGACUGAGUCUAAAGUGACCAAGAUCACCGACCAGGUGGUCAAUAAUAGGCUCGUGUCGGCCCAAUUGGCCGCUGAGGCCAAAGAGCUACAGAUCCGACGUCUGGACCAACGGAUUGUCGAUUUGAACUCCGAAAACGAGACAAUCGUUCAGUCGAUGUCAAUGUUUGCCUGUUUUCUGGCCAACAAUGCGUUAACGCCGGUAAACGACGCGUUUGGGGAUUACGUCCGGCACCUGAUAGCCAACGAACGACACGGACCGCCCGGUGCUCAAAGUCAGGCUACAAUCGCACGGUUUGAGCAGUUGUUAGCCCAAUAUGAUAGUGAAUAUCAGAUGAUUUCCAAUGCUAUGCAUAGCGCCAGCGGUGGCCAUCAUAUUAGCGCUGAAAUGGUCAACGAAUCUGUGGACAAAUUGUGCAAGCUCAAAUAUAAAGGUGCCGACAUUCGCAAUAUGCUCGCAAUUCAGCGUCGAGGCAAA